GUUUGGUAUGGAUGGUGAGCCAAGGCAUAGUAUUGCUGGGUAAUUUUGAUAACAUCAGAGAUUGAGCACCUACUAUAUGCCAGACACUGUCCUAGGCACUUGGGAUACAUCUCUGCAAAGAUCCCAGUCCUCCAAGAGCCUGUAAUCCUAGCACUUUGGGAGGCCAAGGCAAGAGGAUUGCUUGAGCCCAGGAGUUCGAGACCAGCUAGGACAUCAGGCGAAACCCUGUCUCUCCCAAAAUACAAAAAUUGGCUGUACGUAAGGGUGUGUGCCUGUGGUCUCAGCUACACGGAAGACUGAGGAAGGAGGAUCGCUUGAGCCCGAGAGGUGGGGAUUGCAGUGAGCUGAGAUUGCACCACUGCACUUAAUCCUGCACAACAGAGCACGACGCUGUCUCAAAACAAACAAAACAAACAAAGAAACAAACAAAAACCCUGGCAGAUUAUUGAUGAAAAGGCAUACACAUUUAUUAAUGUGCACAGGGAGAACAAGAGAGUGAUGAUCCCAACCCCUCAAUGGGGAGGGGAAGCUUAUAUUCCAUCUAGAGGUUACUGAAAGAAUGGGGAACACACCCCAUAACAGGAAAUAAGAGUAAAUCAUAUGGUUGCCAGCAGUUAUGGGAUGGACAGAAGCAGAAGCCUGGCUAGCCACAGUGGUCUUGUUAGGUCCUUGAAACCAUGCAGAUAGCAGCCUUCAGAGACACAAUAGGUAGUAAAUGUUUCUUUCAGGCUUCAAACAUUGUCAGACUCUCAGCUAAUGUUUACUAGAUCUGGGGAAGGGAGGGCUCCAAAGAAAGCCUGGCUGCCUCAGUGUAGAUUUUCUCUACAGAUGCAAAUCUUUCCCAUGAAAGACAGCUUUCCUUCUAUUCUUGUAUUUCCAACCCUUCUGAAGAGGUAUCUUAUUUGUUUUUUCUUUUUUAUUAUGAAGAGGUAUCUUAAAAUGUCAAAGAAGUUUAAUUAAUUAAUUUAUUUUUGAGAGGGAGUCUCACUCUGUUGUCCAGGUUGGAGUGCAGUGGCUUGAUCUCGGCUCACUGCAACCUCCACCUCCCAGGUUCAAGAGAUUUUCCUACCUCAGCUAAUUUUUGUAUUUUUAGUAGAGACAGGCUUUCACCAUGUGGCCAGGCUGGUCUAGAUCUCUUGACUUCGUGAUCCGCCAGCCUAGGCCUCUCAAAGUGCUGGAGUUACAGGCGUGAGCCACCGCGCCUGGCCUGGAUUACUUCUAAAACUAUGAAAAGUAAAGUGUAGUUAAUUUUUAAUUUUGUUUAGAGAUAAGGUCUCACUAUAUUGGCCAGGCUGGGAUUACAGAUGCACGCCACCAAGCCCAGCUAAUUUUUGUAUUUUUAGUAGACACGGGGGUUUUUCUAUGUUGCCCAGGCUGGUCUUGAACUCCUGACCUCACGCGAUCUGCCCAACUCUGCCUCCCAAAGUGCUGGGAUUACAGGCGUGAGCCACCGCGCCCGGCCAUCUAUUACUAUCAUUAUUAGUUUGAGACGUAGUUUCACUCUGUCGUCCAAGCUGGAGGGCAGUGGCCCGAUCUCGGCUCACUGCAACCUCCGUCUCCCGGGUUCAAGGAAUUCUCCUGCCUCAGGCUCCUGAGUAACUGGGACUAGCCACUACACCCGGCUAAUUUUUGUAUUUUUAGUAAAGACGGGGUUUCGGGAUCCAGCGGGUGCCUCAGUGUCCUUCCCCUCCCCUCGCCUGGCCUCGCCGUCCUCUCCCCGCAGCCGGACCGGAACUAUGUGAUCCCGGAAGUUCCGGGGCCUUUGCUGUGUGGGAUAAACAGUAAUGGCGGAGGCUGCGGCUCCCGGAACAACCGCCACAACCUCAGGAGCAGGAGCCGCAGCGGCGGCGGCGGCGGCGGCGGCAGGAGCCUCCCCCACCCCGAUCCCCACAGUCACCGCCCCGUCCCUGGGGGCGGGCGGAGGGGGCGGCGGCAGCUACGGCAGCGGCGGCGGCUGGACUAAACAGGUCACUUGCAGAUGGAGUCUCAGUGGCGCAAUCCUGGUUCACUGCAACCUCUGGGCCCCCCACCCACUGCAAGUUCAAGUAAUUCUGCCUCAGCCUCCCGAGUAGCUGGGACUACAGGUAUUUUAUGCGUGGGGUUUGUAAGGAAGGAGACAACUGUCGCUACUCGCAUGACCUCUCUGACAGUCCGUAUAGUGUAGUGUACAAGUGUUUUCAGCGAGGGUACUGUAUUUAUGGAGACCGCUGCAGCAUCCAGGACAUUACAUGUGCACCAGCGUGGAAUCCUGGAACUGGCAGGAAGUGUGGGUUGUGUUGGUCCCCGAACCCCCAUCGCCUAUAUGAAAUAUGGUUGCUUUUGUGGCUUGGGAGGCCAUGGCCAGCCCCGCGAUGCCAUUGACUGGUGCUAGCAUCGCCACGACUGUUGUUACACUCGAGCUGAGGAGGCCGGCUGCAGCCCCAAGACAGAGCGCUACUCCUGGCAGUGCGUCAAUCAGAGCGUCCUGUGCGGUCACCACGUAUUUGAACUGGCUGGUUCGGAUGUCAUCUGAGAUGGAAACCAACAUCAUGGCCGUGGAGAGACUCAAGGCGUAUUCAGAGACUGAGAAGCAGGCGCCCUGGCAAAUCCAGGAGACAGCUCCGCCCAGCAGCUGGCCCCAGGUGGGCCGAGUGGAAUUCCGGAACUACUGCCUGCGCUACCCAGAGGACCUGGACUUCGUUCUCAGGCACAUCAAUGUCACCAUCAAUGGGGGAGAAAAGAGUUUCACUUUCGCCCAGGCUGUAGUGAAGUGGUGUGAUGAUAUCGGCUCACCGCAACCUCUGCCUCCUGGGUUCAAGCAACUCCCUGCCUCAGCCUCCGGAGUCGCUGAGAUUACAGGCGCCUGCUACCACGCCAGGCUAAUGUUUUUUCUAUUUUUAGUACAGACGGGGUUUCACCAUCUUGGCCAGGCUGGUCUUGAGCUCCUGACCGUGAUUCACCUGGCUUGGCCUCCCAAAGUGCUGGGAUUACAGGUGUGAGCCACCGUGCCCGCCCUAAUUUUUGUAUUCUUAGUAGAGACAGGGUUUCACCAUGUUGGCCAGGCUGGUCUCGAACUCCUGACCUCAGGCGAUCCGCCCGCCUCAGCCUCCCAAAAUGCUGGGAUUACAGGCGUGAGCCACCACGCCGGCCUAGCCACCCUGACAGGCCGGUUUCAAUUUUUAAAAGAAAGAUGUAACUAGCACAUGUAGAUCAACUGUAGCACUGUAAAAGGGAAAUAGAUAUUCCAAUACUUUGCUCCAUGAGUAGAAACUUUAAAAUCAUCAUUCCUGGCAAUAUUCCACUUUUAUAAUCCACCGACGAAUAAGACAAGUGACCUGAAAUUGCGUUUAUGCUUUCUACAUCCCAUUAUGUAAAAUAACUAAGCUUAUCCUUCACACCUUAAAUGUAUCAUAUCAAAGGCUGAGAGACCUUCGAAGGUCGCCAGGAUAAAUGUAUCACAUCAAAGACUGGGAAGGUUUCAAAUGUCACCCUUAAUACUACAAGUUCUAAUUAGGAAUCAUUUUUACAUACUUGCAUAUAAAUUA